UGCCGCCGCCGCCGCCGCCGCCGCCUGGAUAUAGUGCGGCACGGAGCGGAGCUUGCAGUCACUUUGCGAGGAGGAGCGCGCGGGCUGCGGGCGCCGGGGCACCCCGGGAGCGGCUGUGGCUGAGGCGGCCGCGACGAGCCGAAGCUUCGCCCCGACUCUCUCUCAAGGGCUGGACUUAAUAACUUUGGAACUGUCCGCCAGUGUCACGUCCUGAACAUGAGCCUCCUCCUCUCCUUCUACCUGCUCGGGUUGCUCGUCAGUAGCGGGCAAGCUCUUCUUCAAGUGACAAUUUCACUUAGCAAAGUAGAGCUUAGCGUGGGUGAAUCUAAAUUCUUCACCUGCACAGCAAUUGGUGAACCAGAGAGUAUAGAUUGGUAUAAUCCUCAAGGAGAGAAGAUAAUUUCAACACAGAGGGUGGUGGUGCAGAAGGAAGGCGUUAGGUCAAGAUUAACUAUCUACAAUGCAAAUAUAGAAGAUGCAGGAAUAUAUCGCUGUCAAGCAACAGAUGCCAAAGGACAAACACAGGAAGCAACAGUAGUUUUGGAAAUUUACCAAAAGCUCACUUUCAGAGAAGUGGUGUCUCCCCAGGAAUUCAAACAAGGUGAAGAUGCAGAAGUGGUUUGUCGUGUUAGCAGUUCACCUGCACCUGCUGUCAGCUGGUUGUAUCAUAACAAGGAAGUCACCACUACUUCUGACAAUCGGUUCGCUGUGUUAGCAAACAAUAAUCUGCAGAUUCUCAACAUCAAUAAAAGUGAUGAAGGCAUAUACAGGUGUGAAGGAAGAGUGGAGGCUAGGGGAGAAAUUGACUUCCGUGAUAUCAUCGUUAUUGUAAAUGUGCCACCAGUGAUCACAAUGCCUCAGAAAUCUUUUAAUGCUACAGCAGAGAGAGGAGAAGAAAUGACACUAUCCUGUCGGGCAUCAGGUUCUCCAGAACCCACCAUCACCUGGUCCAGGAAUGGCAAGCUCAUUCAAGAAAAUGAAAAACACAUAUUGAAACGAAGCAAUACAGAACUCACUGUCAGGAAUAUAAUCAAUAGUGAUGCAGGCCCUUAUGUCUGCAGAGCAACCAACAAGGCAGGGGAAGAUGAGAAGCAGGCAUUCCUCCAAGUCUUUGUACAGCCUCACAUCAUACAGCUUCUAAAUGAGACUACGUAUGAGUACGGUCAUGUUACACUCAUCUGUGAAGCGGAAGGGGAGCCUCUUCCUGAAAUCACUUGGAAAAGAGCGGUAGACGGCGUCACAUUUUCUGAAGGCGAUAAGAGCCCAGACGGCCGUAUUGAGGUCAGAGGUCAACAUGGGAGCUCAUCAUUGCAUAUCAAGGAGGUGAAUCUGUCAGACUCAGGCAGAUAUGACUGCGAAGCUGCCAGCAGAAUUGGAGGGCACCAGAAAAGCAUGUAUCUUGAUAUUGAAUAUGCCCCCAAGUUUAUAUCAAACCAAACAAUUUAUUACUCUUGGGAAGGGAAUCCAAUCAAUAUAAGUUGUGAUGUGAAAUCAAACCCACCAGCUUCAGUAUAUUGGAGAAAAGAGAAAUUAGUCUUACCAGCUAAAAACACCACUAAUUUAAGGACAUACAGUUCAGGAAGAAAAAUGAUAUUGGAGAUUGCACCGACAUCUGAGAAUGACUUUGGACGAUAUAAUUGUACAGCUACUAACCGCAUAGGAACAAGAUUCCAAGAAUAUAUUCUUGCUUUAGCUGAUGUGCCAUCAAGUCCCUCUGGAGUGAAAAUCAUAGAACUGUCACAGACCAUGGCGAAGGUUUCUUUCAAUAAACCCGACUCCCAUGGAGGCGUUCCUAUUCAUCACUACCAAGUGGAUGUCAAAGAGGUGGCAUCAGAAACGUGGAAAAUAGUACUCUCCCAUGGAGUUCAAACAAUGGUUGUUUUGAGCAACCUGGAACCAAAUACAACUUAUGAAAUUAGGGUUGCAGCUGUAAAUGGAAAAGGACAAGGGGACUACAGUAAAAUAGAACUCUUCCAAACAUUGCCAGUUCGUGAACCAAGUCCUCCAUCCAUACAUGGACAGCCAAGCAGUGGGAAGAGCUUUAAACUCAGCAUCACCAAACAGGAUGAUGGAGGGGCUCCCAUUUUGGAAUACAUUGUUAAAUACAGAAGUAAAGAUAAGGAAGAUCAGUGGCUGGAGAAAAAGGUGCAAGGAAAUAAAGACCAUAUAAUUCUGGAGCAUCUACAGUGGACAAUGGGGUAUGAAGUUCAAAUUACAGCAGCCAAUCGAUUGGGAUAUUCUGAACCAACAGUUUAUGAAUUCAGCAUGCCACCCAAGCCAAAUAUUAUUAAAGAUACACUUUUUAAUGGUCUUGGACUUGGAGCAGUCAUUGGCCUAGGAGUUGCUGCCCUAUUGCUAAUCCUUGUGGUAGCAGAUGUCAGCUGCUUCUUUAUUCGACAAUGUGGGUUAUUGAUGUGCAUCACUAGGAGAAUAUGUGGGAAGAAAAGUGGCUCCAGUGGCAAGAGCAAAGAACUGGAAGAAGGAAAAGCAGCAUAUCUGAAAGAUGGGUCCAAAGAACCAAUAGUAGAGAUGAGAACAGAAGAUGAAAGAAUUACUAAUCAUGAAGAUGGGAGUCCAGUAAAUGAACCUAAUGAAACCACACCACUUACAGAACCUGAAAAAUUGCCUUUAAAAGAAGAAAAUGGAAAAGAAGUUCUAAAUCCAGAAACUAUAGAAAUUAAAGUUUCAAAUGAUAUCAUCCAAUCAAAAGAAGAUGACAGCAAAGCGUAA